UCAACAUGAAGAUGAUGGUCCUGAGGUCACGUGGCCCGGCUUCAUGGCGGACCUCAACAUGAAGAUGAUGGUCCUGAGGUCACGUGGCCCGGCUUCAUGGCGGACCUCAACAUGAAGAUGAUGGUCCUGAGGUCACGUGGCCCGGCUUCAUGGCGGACCUCAACAUGAAGAUGAUGGUCCUGAGGUCACGUGGCCUGGCUUCAUGACGGCUUUUGAACAGACACUAAAUCCUUGCUGUAUCUGUUGGAGCCGGCCCAGAGGGAACCAGUACUUGAAGUCCUGUGUUCUGGUCGGCGUGAGGAUCAUCGAUGGGGUCCCUUGUCGUGGAGCUGUUUUCUGACCUGCAUGAUUCAAGCUGUUUGGUGGUCGUUUUUAUUUGUGUCUGUAAACUGUUUAACUGCACUAAAUAUUAAAGGUUCACAUUUCAUCGGUGCUUUAUUUUAACUCCGAAGCCAUUUAAACUGUAUGUAUGAUCCCUGGAACCGUUUCUAUUGUACUCAGAUCCCAGCUGACCGUGUGUAUAUUUAUUAUGAUUAUUGAUAUGAUGAUGGUUAUCCUUGUUGUCGUGUUGAAGGAAUACUAAAGGUUCCUCUGGAUCAGGGCUCCAACACCUCGACGUGAGGAAGGCCCUCGCUCUGGGCCCAGCUCCGUGUCGGGUUCUGAAGGGAACCGGAAGUAGACUGGUACCUACUAAAGCGGAGACGGCUAACUUGCGAGGAAGCGGCGAACUGCGCGACCAGAGAACCCGGACCCUGGCAUGGAGAUCGUCCAUGUCUACACGAAGCUCCGCCUCCAGUUUGGCCGUCAGUGUCUCUUCUCCGACCGCCCUGCAGAGCUGCUGGUUGACGUUCCUACAGACCAGAAUCUGGCUCCACAGUUUAUCCAGAAAACCCACCGAGACCAGGGCCUGCAGGCCUGCCGGGACAUGUCGGAGCACCAGUGUUCCUCUGGCUGCAGAGACCCGAACCAGGUGAAGCGGACCGUCACCGGUCUGUCGUGGCAUCCUGACGGCGGCAGGAAGCUGGCGGCCGCCUACUCUUGCCUCGAGUUCCAGAAAGCCUCCAAAGACAUGAACCUGGACUCCUACGUCUGGGACGUCGAGAACCCGAACAGACCGGAGAUGACUCUGAAGCCGGCGUCUCCGCUCGUCUGUCUGGAAUACAACCCCAAAGACUGCCACACGCUGGUGGGAGGCAGCUACAACGGACAGAUUGCGUACUGGGACACUCGGAAAGGCAGCCAGCCGGUGGAGACGUCCUCUGUGGAGCACAGUCACAGAGACCCGGUCUACAAGAUCAUCUGGCUGCAGUCCAAGACUGGGACAGACAUCUUCUCUGCAUCUACUGAUGGACAGGUUCUGUGGUGGGACGUCCGCAAGUUGACCGAGCCCACGUCGUGUCCACGUGUCUCUCAGCCCACUAAGUUCCUGGUGGGAACGGAACAGGGCGUGGUGGUGUCCUGCAACAGGAAGGCAAAGACUCCGGCAGAGAAGAUUGUCUGUACGUACGAUGGCCACCAGGGACCCGUCUACGCUCUGCAGAGGAACCCCUUCUUCCCCAAGAACUUCCUCACCGUGGGGGACUGGACCGCCCGCAUCUGGUCUGAGGACAUCAAGGACUCCCAUGUGUCUACGUUACCUCCUGUCAGAUAUCAGACGUCCUAUCUGAUGGACGCCUGCUGGAGUCCUGUCCGUCCCUCUGUCUUCUUCACUGUGAAGAUGGACGGCAUGUUGGACGUCUGGGACAUCUUGUUCAAGCAGAACGACCCCACGCUGAGUCUCAAGGUCUGUGACGAGGCCCUGUACAGCCUCCGGCUGCAGGACAACGGGCGGCUGCUGGCGUGCGGCUCUCAGCAGGGCGGAGUCUCGCUGCUGGAGGUCUGUCCCGGACUGUCCACCCUCCAGAAGAACGAGAAGAGCCUGCUGGCUGCGAUGUUUGAGCGAGAGACCAAGAGAGAAAAGAUCCUGGAGGCCCGGCAGAGAGAGAUCCGUCUCAAGGAGAGGAGCCGCUCCGAGCAAAGCCGGGACGAGGACGGGGGACGGGAUGACGGAGACCAGAGUCCACACCAGCUGAUAGCCAGAGCCGAGGACCACUUCUACGUCGUCACGGAGACGGAGAUGAAGAGGAGGAGGGAGAAGGUGGACCAGACAGCCGAAUCAGUGGGCCAGAGCCAGGGCCAAGGUCAAAGUCAGAGCCAGAGCCAGGGCCAAGGUCAGAGCCAGGGUCAGAGCCAGGACCAGGGCCAAGGUCAGAGCCAGGGUCAGAGCCAGGGUCAAAGUCAGAGCCAGGGUCAGAGCCAGGACCAGGGCCAAGGUCAAAGUCAGAGCCAGGGUCAGAGCCAGGACCAAGGUCAAAGUCAGAGCCAGAGCCAAGGUCAGGACCAGGGUCAGAGCCAGGGUCAGAGCCAGGACCAUUCUUCUGAGUACUGAUGGUCCCUGAAGGGUUUGUGUUCUGUUCUUUAAUCAAAAGGUUUGAAGCAGAAAGUUUUCACAUGUUUUAAAGUCUGAAACUAUUUAAAUAAUUAAUUUGAAUGUUUUAAUAAAUGAGAUGAAAUGUU